UACGAGAUUUCAUGUUAUGCUACAUUUAUAAUGAAUACAAGUUAGUGAUUACAUUAAUAGAUGAUGAAAGAAUUAAAUUGAAAGCAAAAAUAUAUAAAGAGGGGCAUAUGCAUAUGCAUAUCUGUGGUGGCCACUCUCUCCAAUGGCUUCUUCUCCCAACAAUUCUUCCAACCCGCCCAUAAUCCAUUCUCUCUCAAACGGGCUCGACCCGGAUACCACCUUCGUCCAAACCGACCCGGAAACCUUCCGGGCCGUCGUCCAGAGCCUAACCGGCGCCGGCGCAGAGAGAAGGCCAAGUGCAAGGAAGCUGAAAAUCAAGCUCAAUGGCGCAAGCAACCACCGGCCGGUCAUGGCGUCGCCGGUCUCCCCGCUGGAGUUCGACGAAGAAGAGAGGGCCAUUGCGGCAAAGGGCUUUUACUUGCACCCCAACCCCUUUACAGGAUCCGACCCGCCUGAGCUACUGCCUCUGUUUCCACUCCAUUCACCUACACACCGCUAUUAA